AUGCCCGACCGCCGAGCCUUGUUGUGGCUCCCUGUGCAGCCGCUGCUGCCCUUGUCCUUGGGGGUCUUGCUGGGCUUGGGCCCCGCCGUCUCCCCGCUGGACAACGGGCUGCUGAGGACGCCCCCGAUGGGCUGGGAGCCCUGGCUGCGCUUCAAGUGCAACACGGACUGCGAGAAGGACCCCGAGAACUGCAUCAGUGAGCACCUGGUCAAGGCGAUGGCAGACCGACUGGCUGCGGACGGCUGGAAGGAGCUGGGCUACGAGUACGUCACCCUGGACGACUGCUGGGCAGCUGGCAAACGGGACGCCCGCGGGAGGCUCCAGGCAGACCCCCAGAGGUUCCCCAGCGGGAUGAAGGCCCUGGCCGACUAUGUUCAUUCCAAAGGCUUGAAAUUCGGCAUCUACAGCGACUUGGGCAACGCCACCUGUGCGGGUUAUCCGGGCACAACCCUGGACACCGUGGAGACAGAUGCAAACACUUUUGCAGAGUGGGGGGUCGACAUGCUGAAGCUGGACGGCUGCUACUCCGACUCCUCCCUCAAGGCCAUAGGCUACCCCAAAAUGAGCCGAGCGCUGAACCAAACCGGGCGGCCCAUCGCCUUGUCUUGCAGUUGGCCAGCGUACGAAGGGGGUCUUCCUCCGAAGGUGAAUUACACCUUACUGGGCCAGAUUUGUAACUUCUGGAGGAAUUAUGCCGAUAUUGAAGAUACCUGGGAGAGCCUCUUCCACAUCAUUGAGUGGUAUGGAGACCACCAGGAUAUCCUGCAGCCGGCCUCAGGGCCCGGAAGGUGGAAUGACCCCGACAUGCUGAUUGUUAGCGACCUUGGCCUGAGCCACGAGCAGUCGAAAGUGCAGGCAGCGCUGUGGGCGAUCCUGGCAGCCCCCUUCUUCAUCUCCUGCAACCUGAGGAACAUCUCGAAGGAGGCCAAGGAGAUGCUGCAGAACCCGCUCCUGAUCUACAUUAACCAGGACCUGCGGGGAGUUCAAGGCAGACGCAUUGCCAGGAAGCAGAACCUGGAAGUCUGGAAGAGGCCCCUUGUCAAUGGCCAGUAUGCGGUCGCAGUCCUGAACAACAGAACCGAUGGUGCCCCACAGUUGUUUGCCACAACUCCCAGCCUCCUGGGAAUCUCGGACUGCAGAGCCGGCUAUAGGCUCUACGAUGUGCUGGGGAGGCUGUCCAUGGGCGUUUACGCCUUCAAUGACACCAUCAGUGCCAAGGUGACGCCCACCGGGGUGCUGCUGCUCUUCCUGAACCCGCUGUGCUAG